AUGAAUAGUCAAAGCUACUACGCAAAUCAACAACACAAUUGGUCGAAUGGCGGAGGCGGCGGCGGAUUCGGUGCUCCACCACAACAAUCUCAAAUGAAUGGAUACAGUGCGCCGCCACCAACAUCGCAACCACCCCAACAACAACAACAACAACAACAAUACGGGCGGUUCCAAAAUGGAGGCGCGUCGCCACCGCAACAAAAUGGGUACGCACUUCCACCGCCGCAUUUAGCGGCGCAAAUGUUCGCCGCUCAACAGGCGGGAUUUGUGCCACAGCAUUUUUUCCAACCCCCGCCGCCAAUUCAGCAAAUUGUUGAACAACAAAAUGGGUGAGACAGUGUGUCGAAUGCUUGCUCGGUUUUUUUUCGUUGUUUUGUUUUUAAUAGCAUUUUGCAUGUGUUCACCUUGUCUUGCUUUUAGCGCAGGUAUUGAAAUUUUGAAGAAACAUAUCGAAAUAUACCAAAUCGAACAUGCUGAUUACGAUUCCGAAGUCAAAAAUUCCUACAAACUCCUGUGAGCACUUUUCUGGAGUUCCAAAUUUAGGAAUUGAGUUUUGGUUUCCGUCCAGUUUCACCAUGUUCCAUGGUGGAAAAUCAAUUUUUAUAACUUGGAUAAGGUUGUUUUCGAAAUUUGAAAAUUCGAAAACCUAUUCGCUUUUUAGCUUAUCAAAAAAUAUGAAAAACCAGCCGAAAACUGUAACUUUUAAAAGUUUUGUAAAUACACAAAGACACGUAGACACACGACUUUUAAAUUACAGUUUUCGGCUGGUUUUUCAUAUUUUUUGAUAAACUAAAAAGCGAAUAGGUUUUCGAAUUUCGAAAACAACCUUAUCCAAGUUAUAAAAAUUGAUUUUCUACUCCUGGAACAAGGACAAAAACCAAAACUCAAUUCUAACUUUGGAGCUCUAGAAAAGUGCUCACAGGAGUUUGUGGCAAUUUUUGACUUCGGAAUCGUAAUCAGCAUGUUCGAUUUGGUAUAUUUCGAUAUGUUUCUUCAAAAUUUCAACACCUGACCUUAUGCACUUCCUUUGUGAAGAAAAUGUUGGACGUACCAAAAAUCUGUAUAAUAAUUUUUGGUACGAUCAAAUAUUUUUUGGAAAAUCCAUUGAUUUUCUUAACACACUCGCAUCUCUAACCACAGCCUCCCUGCAUGCUUUAAUCCCCGCUUCACACCAAACUCACAUCAAUCUCUUCCUAUAACUCUAAGUCUAUCAUUUCAGAUAUUCCAACGGUAACGCCUAUCUUCACCAAAACAACAACUUCAGCGGCUACAAUCGUGGUGAUCAGACUACAAAUCCGUACAGCUGGAAGAACCAAAGUAUCGCCAGUGAUUCGGUCGAAAAAAGUUUGUUCAAUCUUGCGAACAGCGGUAUCAAUUUUGAUAACUACGAGAAUAUUCCGGUUGAAGUCAGCGGUGACGACACUCCGGCUGCUAUUGACAAUGUGAGUUUUGGAAGAACUAUAGUUGGACAUCGACUGAAUGACAUUUUCAUUUUUUGAGCAAAUGAGAGGAAAUAUUGGGUUCUAAUAUUAUUCAUAUGAUAAAAUGGUCUAACAAGGGAACUGUUUCAACGUGCAAUCGAGAUUUUUAAUGAGAUAUAUGUUUUCUACUAGUUUUCGACCCGCUGAUCACGAUCCCGCUGUCUAAAACUGCAAAGCUCGACUCCUAACAUGAGUUAUGACGUGGCAAAGUUGGAAAAUUUGGGAUUUUGAAUGGUCCGAACUCGCCUUUAAAAUGAUUUUUAUGCAAAUCUAAUAGCACAGGGUUGUUCAUGUUUUCAAUUUGAUCAACUUUGAAAUAUUAGAUUUCCCAAAUUUUCCAACUUUGCCACGUCAUAACUCAUGUUAGGAGACGAGCUUUGCAGUUUUAGACAGCGGGAUCGUGAUCAGCGGGUCGAAAACUAGUAGAAAACAUAUAUCUCAUUUAAAAUCUUGAUUGUAAGACGAACAGAAUCAUAUAAAUUUUGAUGACUUUACGUUAUCCAUAAGUGAUUUAGCGACGUUUAGUCGAUAAAUCACUUAUGGAUAACGUAAAGUCAUCAAAAUUUAUAUCAUUCUGUUCGUCUUAGACCAUUCUAUCAUAAGAAUAACAUUAGAACCCAAUAUUUCAACUCAUUUGCUUAAAAAACCUGAAAAUGUCAUUUAGUCGAUGUCCAAGCGUUUCUGAAAACGUGUAAUAAUAUAGAAAAAUGUCACAUUUUCAAAAUAAGUGUAUUUUUUUCAGUUCACCGAGGCGAAUUUGCACGAAUGGAUUCAAGAGAAUGUCGCCAAGAGCGGUUACACCAAGCCGACACCAGUGCAAAAACACUCGAUUCCAACAUUGUUGGCGAAUCGCGAUUUGAUGUCAUGCGCUCAAACGGGUUCCGGAAAAACCGCCGCAUUCUUGUUGCCAAUCAUCAAUCAUAUUUUGACCAAAGGUCCAGAAGGCUUGAAACCACCAACCAUCAACAACACUGGUCGCAAAACAUUCUAUCCAUCAGCUUUGAUUUUGUCGCCAACUCGUGAAUUGGCAAUUCAAAUUCACAAAGAAGCCUCGAAAUUCAGCUAUCGUACCAAUAUCAUCACAUCGAUUUUGUAUGGUGGAAGAGAGAAUUAUCGCGAUCAGGUGAAUCGUCUUCGCAAUGGUGUUCAUAUUUUGAUCGCCACUCCUGGAAGAUUAAUCGAUAUUAUUGAUCAAGGAUAUAUUGGACUUCAAGGUUGCCAAUAUUUUGUUUUGGAUGAGGCGGAUCGUAUGCUUGACAUGGGUUUCGAACCGCAAAUUCGUAAGAUUGUCGGACUUGGUUUGCCACAAAAAGAUGGAAGAACCACAGCUAUGUUCAGUGCCACUUUCCCCAAAGAGAUUCAAAUUUUGGCCAAAGAUUUUUUGAAGGAAAAUUAUGUGUUUUUGGCGGUUGGAAGAGUUGGUUCAACUUCGGAAAAUAUUGAGCAACGUCUUUUGUGGGUUGAUGAAAUGGAUAAGAAGCGCAAUUUGAUGCAGAUUAUCUCGCAAGAAGCGCCUGGAAACUUGAUGUUGAUUUUUGUUGAAACGAAAAAAGGGGCUAAUGAGUUGGCGUAUUUUCUUGAAUCGUCAACAAGUUAGCUCGGUAGCGAUUCAUGGAGAUUUGAAGCAAUUGGAAAGAGAGCGAAAUUUGGAAUGUUUCCGAUCGGGAGAAUAUCCGGUUUUGGUUGCGACUGCUGUUGCGGCACGUGGUUUGGAUAUUCCGAAUGUUCGACACGUUGUUAAUUUCGAUUUGCCUGGUGAUGCUGAUGAAUAUGUGCAUCGAAUUGGUAGAACUGGAAGAUGCGGAAAUACUGGAAUGGCUACCAGCUUUUUCAAUGAUAAGGUGAGGAUUUGAAAAAUUUCUGGGGGUUUUUUUGUGAAAGUCGUAAUGGGACCUUUUCAGAAUAAUAUUUUGUAAUAAAAACAUAUUUUUUCCUAUGCAGAAAAACGUCGAAAAAACAAAAUAUGCAGUUUAUUAUUUUGAGUAGAGACAAUGUGAAAUUGAGAGAGUGCAGACAGACAAAUUGAUUUUUCCCACAAAAAACUAAUUUUUCUGUCUGCACUCUCUCAAUUUCACAUUGUCUCUACUCAAAAAUAAUAAACUGUAUAUUUUGUUUUUUCGAUGUUUUUCUGCAUAGGAAAAAUAUGUUUUUUAUUACAAAAUAUUAUUCUGCAUAGGCCCAUUAGAAUUUACUUGAAAUUCGAAUUUCCGUUUUUUUUUGUUCCAAAAUUAUCCUAAAUUCCAGCUCAAAAAUUUUAAAUUUUAGAAUUGAGCAUUUUAAAAAUAUUCAAAAUGAAUCCAGUAAAUCUAGAAUUUUUUUCUGAAAAAUUACAAAUUCGAGCCUCUCUCAGAAGAAAGUCCAAAAAUUUCUUAUCUUUUUCAGAACCGUGGAAUUGGUCGCGAACUCCUUUCGCUCGUCCAAGAAUCGAAUCAAGAAAUUCCGGAUUGGCUUCGUCGCGUCGCUGCCGAAGGUCGUAUCGGAGGCGGAAAUCAACGCGGUGGUGGCGGAAACCGUCGCUUUGGAGCUGUCGAUUAUCGACGUGGCGGCGGCGGUUUUGCCGGACACACUGGCGGAAGCUAUAUGCCACAAAACACAUUUAUCCCAAGCGGCGGUGGAAACGGUUUUGGAAAUGGAUUUGGUGGAGGCGCUGGAAUGUAUGGUGGUGGUGGUGGACCGAGAAGAGCAUUCCCGCAAAAUGGUGGAUUUGGUGCGCAUAAUGGAUUGUCGUCGAAUGGAUUUGGUGGAGGAAGAGGCGGAUCGAGAGGUAAUUUAUAUUCUGAAAUAUUAAAUUAUUGAAAAAAGGGCAUUUUCUAUGCUCUAGACCUGAAAUUAGAGCUUCUUUUGAACUCAGUCCUGUGCCGGAAAAUUAAAACCUGGAAAACAGAAAGUCGGAAGAUUUCCGGAUUUUUUGAACCAGAAAAUCCGGAAAAUUUUUCAAAGUCUGAAAUUUCGAUUUUCAGCCUUAACAAAUACAAUUCUUCUAUUCACAGAUAAUUCAGUAACUAUUUGAGACGUUUUAGGUUCAAAAAAUAGUAAAAUUUGAAAAAUUGAAAAAAAAUGUCCAAAAAUUUCAUUUUUUCUAUCAUAAACUGAGAAAAUUUCUCAAAAUUUAGGCAAAAUUGUAAAUAUUACUACUAAAGGUCAUUUUCCGGAAAAAAAAGUAAAAAAUUUAUUUUUCCGUGAAAAAACCGGAAAAUCCGGAAAUUUGGAAAAAAAUAGGCCUGUUUUGAACCCAGAAAAUUUAUUUUUGAAAUAAUAAAAAUGCGGGAUUUCAUGUGGAAAAUUUAUUUUUCAAAAAUUUUCAAAAUAAAUUUUUUCUCCAGGCGGUUUCUCAAACAUGUCAUCAUCUCGCAGCAACGGAAUCUCAUCUUCCUACACUCCACAAAAUCAAACUCCAAUGAUGAACUCUGGAAGUAUCGAUCAUUGGCAAAACUGA